AUGUCUGCAAGCACCAGGACCACAACCUCCUGUGCUGACUCCAGGCAAUUCCCUGGGAACUGCACCCUAGAGGAGGCCCUGAAGGCCAUUGUGGACAUCUACCAUAGAUACAGCAUCAGGAAGGGGCAGCUUGACCUGCUCAACUUCAACGACUUUGAUAAGCUGCUGAAGGAGCAGGCACCAACCUUCCUGAAAGCCUGCGGCAGGAGCAAGCCUGACUACCUGACCAAGCUGUUCCAAGAGACAGACCUGAACAAGGACAAGGAGCUGAGCUUUGAGGAGUUCCUGACUGUGCUGUCCAAGGUGGCCGACGACUCUCACCGCAUCACCCACAGCCACGAGCGCUGCGGGCCGGACAGGGACUGA